AUUAUUAAAUUAUAACAUAUUUUAUUGGGAAAUGGUGUUCCCAAACAGAGGUUGAGGUUGAAGAAGACGAUGUCCGAACCUUCCGCCGUCUUUUCUAAGAAAAGCGUUAACAAACUCCCUCAUAAUCCAAGCCUUCUCCACCAUCUUCCCCCUUCCAUUAUUGUUCUUUCUCUCUCUCCCUAAGCCACAGAGAGAGAGAGAGAGAGAGAGAGAGAGAGCAGGAAAAAAGAAUGGCCUCUUCAUCGGACAAUCAACAAUCCAAAUCCAAAUCCACCGACUCUCAACCUCUUCCGCCGCCCUCCGCCGCACAUAACCCACCUCCGAUCUACCCUCCUCCCACCAUGGGGUACCCUCCAGCCCCACAUCCGGGGUACCCUCCAGCGCCAGGGGCUUACCCACCUUACAAUGGCUACGCCUACGCCCAAGCCCCUCCUGCCGCCUAUUACCACAACAGCCCCCAAAAUUACGCGGUGGAGCCGUUUCACGCCGCCUUCAUCCGCGGCAUUGUCACCGCCUUAAUAAUUCUGGUGGUUCUAAUGAUGCUCUCCAGCAUAAUCACCUGGAUCAUCCUCCGACCAGAAAUCCCAACGUUCAGAGUUGAUACAUUGGGCGUAACCAAUUUUAACAUCUCCAAAUCGAAUUACUCCGGAAACUGGAACGCGACCUUGGUGGUCCAGAAUCCCAACAAGAAAUUGAACCUGACUUUCAAGCGGAUCCAGGGGUUCGUGGGGUAUAAGGACAACACGCUGGCAAUGUCGUUUGCGGACCCAUUUUUUCUUGCCGUGGAGAGGACUAACCUAAUGCGGGUGAGAUGGACAUCGAGUAGCCCUGAUGAUCCGGGGAAUUGGGAGGAGACAGAGGAGAAAUUGGGGAAGGAGAAGGCGACGAGGAAAGUUGGUUUCAAUUUGAGAUUCUUCGUAUGGACCACUUUCCAAUCUGGGUCUUGGUGGACCAGGCACGUUAUUUUGAGAGUCUUUUGUGACGAUUUGAAGAUCGACUUCGGCACUCCCAACUCCGUUAAUGGCUCCUUCUCCGCCCAUGGCCACCACAUGCAUUGCGCGGUUCUCAUGUAGAACCAUCGCCUCUGUUCAUGGGUAAGUAGGGAUUGUGAGUGACGUUGAAGGACAAAAUGGUAAAUUAGAUGAAGAGUUGUUUCAUAUAUAUUUUAGGAAUAUAGUUUUCUUUUUGUUUUUUUUAAUCUCUUUUGUUCUCUUUAAGUAAGAAUUUGGUUCCUUUUUGUAAGGAGAUAAAUGAAAAUUGUAAAUUAAACCCUUUUUUUU